CCUAUGGAUAGAUAGGCAGCUGAUGACCAGAGGAGCAGCGGGAGGCGACCACUCAGUCUGUAGAGAGUGAAAUGAUGCCUGAAGAACCGCUCAAUCAGGGACAGUUGGAUUAAUGGGGGCAACUAUUGUUUGGAAAAUAAUUUAUUGGUUCAGAUUUUUUUGUGGAUUUCUAAUCGGGUCCAUGUCAAAAUGCCAUUUGCCAAACGGAUCGUGGAACCCCAGUUACUGUGCAGGCAUUCAGUCCCAAAAGAAGAGAGUUUGGUUUUCGAGGAUCUGUGUACGGUCAACAAUGUGGCUCUGUCCCGGACCCUACGACAGCUUUCCGACCUGGCCCGACACGCCUGCUCUCUCUUCCAGGAGCUGGAGAGCGAUAUCGUGUUUACCAACCAACGGGUCCGGGGACUGCAGAGUAAAGUCGGUAAACUUCAGCAGUCUAUCUCCGGGUUAGACGCCAAGCAGGAGGCAGUACCGGUAUCAGACCUGGAUGUAGAGUGUAAGUUAUCAGACCACUACGUGUCUCCAUGGCUCCUCCAGAGGAAUGUGUUCCUGCCCUCCACCAGACCACCAUGUCUCCAGGAGCUGCACCGCACCGCACAGCAGGGCCUCAGGGCCAGCCAUAGAGUUUACCAGCUGAGCCAGCAAGCGAGCAGCAGAAGACGCAAAGUGACCAUCGCUGUCUCUGUGGCACCCCCUAUGCCCACGUACCCCUCACCACACUCUGCCAGGAGGAGACCGCAGAGGGGCUGGAGCCUGACUGCGCGGCAGGGGAAACCAUACCACGAUCAGCAGCUAGAACAGACCAAGUUUGACAGCCCCGCCCCCCGCUCCUCCUCCCUCACCGAAUGUUGCCACUUCUCUCCCUGGAGCAGAAAGACUGCUCCUCCCUCUGACGGUCUCGGCCAACGACCUCGGCACCCUGUCCCUAACGUUCCCUCCACGCUGGACAAGCAGACUAACUGGUCCAGAGUUCUCCCACUGCCCACACCUCAGGAGAGGAUGAAGAGCGACUCACAAGUCAUCACAUCCUGCGUCAUCCCAAUUAACGUCACUGGGGUUCAGUUCCACAGAGACUCUAGUGUGCACUGCUCGCUGAUCCACUCUCAGUCCGUACUUCAGAGGAGGAGGAAGCUGAGGAGACGGAAGACUGUCAUCGGGAUUCCUAGAAGUGUUCAGCAGGACCUAGAUUCUGAUGAGUCUCCGGGCGCCAGAGAGCGGACAGUGGUUGUCUGUAGCGAGGACCUGUGCUGUCGUCUGAACACCAAGAAGGACUCUGGCUGCCAGACUGAAGAUUUCCUGGUCUGCGCGCCGUCCCACUGGAGGGUCCAGUACCAGCGUGGUCAGCAGGGGGUCAGCUCCACCCUCGUCCCGCUGUCCCUCUCCACUGGGAACAUCUCCUCACUACCUGACACUUCGGAGCACAACAACGCCAUGUUCUCCUCUUCGCUGGGGGUACGCCUGCGGUCACGCAGCCAGCCAAGGGAGGGGAGGAGACUGAUUGAGGUUCACCACCACAGUGAGGAAGAGGAGCUGUCUCCUUCCGAGACUGAUGACUUCCUGUCUGGGUUGGGGGAGCUGAAGGAGAAGUGGGGGGAGGGUGCAGAUGACCAGUCCCAGCCGGACCACCCUCUGGCCAGUCUGAAGCACCAGCAGCGCACUGGCAGCCCCUGGCUUGAGAGGGGCCAAUCCCGCCUCCCCCGGAAGGUUGACAUGGGGAGCUGUGAGAUGUCCUCCAGCUCAGAUACCUUCUCCAGUCCGCUCCACUCUACAUCCACCAGGCGGGUUGUUGGGUGUCAGAUGGACCAUAAAGACGACCACCAAUCUUCUAGUGGGAACUGGAGCGGCAGCAGCUCAACAUGCCCUUCCCACACCUCUGAGACCCUCCCCCCGGCUGCCUCCCCCCGGCUCACUGGCUCCUCCCACUGUGACUCGGAGCUGUCGCUGAACACCGACCCCCACGCUACAGAUGACCCCGCCCCCGCCCUCAUCCUGGACCCAUACCAUACAGACCGGCAGCUGGACGAUGCAGGGGUCAGCAUGGCUAGUGAUGGGGAGUGGAGUUACCCCCACCCUGACUCCAGGCUCCAUGACUUCAGCCCUGAGCGCUCCAGAGAGGGGGAGGGGAGUCUGGGGUACCCCAGCUUUACCAGCAUGGCUACCUGUGACAGCUUCAUUACAGACAAGCCUCCUUCUGAGAAGGCUGACACUGUAUCAUACUACUCCAUAGACAAUGAAGGAUACUACACCUCCAUGCACUUUGACUGUGGUCUGAAAGGGAGCAAGAGCUUCAUGUAUAACUACUCUGACUGUGGACAGGAGCACAUGACUCUGGGGAGACGCUGUCUGACAUUGAGGAAACCUAAGGCCAAGCCCUCUGCCCCCAGACGCAGCUCCUCACUAAGGAAGAUCAGCGGGGUGGGGAAUUCUCCCGAUGACACCGAACCAAAGAACCGCAGCGAACAGCAAAGAAAGUCAUGUUCCCGAGAGAGGAGGUUACAGCUGGACCUAGAGGGCUCCCUGGGCCACCCUAACCUCCACCCUGCUCUGGGAGGGGAGGUGGGCUUGGGGAGGUUACAGUUGGACCUAGAGGGCUCCCUGGGCCACCCUAACCUCCACCCUGCUCUGGGCCACCUGGAGGACCCUGUUCUGGGAGGGGAGGUGGGCUUGGAGCAAGACCCUCUGGAGCCCCUAUUGGCCCUCGAGACCUGGCGGAGGGAGGACACCGAGGAGAUGCCGGACUCCGGCCUGUUUGGUUCCUCUGACAGAGGCUCCUAUAAAGAUGAGGGAGCUGUCCAGUCAGACUAUGCAGAUCUCUGGCUUGUGAAUGACUUGAAGUCAAACACUGAUCCCUAUCGCUCUCUGUCUAACUCCUCCACUGCUACCGGUACUACUGUUAUAGAAUGCAUAAAGUCUCAGGAGAGUUCAGAGUCCCAGACCUCCCAGUCAGGAUCCACCCCCUCACUGCCAUCAGUAGAAGACUUCAAGAUGUCCUCCCUGCCCUCAGUAGAAGGGGACUUCAAGAUGUCCUCUCCAGAGAGGCUGGCUGGCUUAGUGUCACCAUCUAGUGGCUACUCCAGCCAAUCCGAGACCCCCACCUCUUCCUUUCCCUGUGCCUUCUUCCCCAGUCCCCUGUCACACCAAUCAAAGAGGAAGCCCAAGAUUCCAGAGAGGAAGUCCUCUCUGUCCAUCACCUCCACCAGAGAUCUGGAGCUGCCAGUCAUCCCCCCCAGCCACCAGAACCUCAGUGCCCUUUACAGUCCUAACCCUACCAGCCCUCCUCCAGUCUCUACCAAGCCCCCAGGCCACAGGAACCAGCUCUACCUCCUGCAGCAAAGCAAGCAGACGGCAGCGGCAUCGGCCAGGGCUGAGGCCAGAGUGGCAACCGAGACCUCCAGCAGUCUUCCCAUGACCAUUACCCCCACCGUGCUGCACUCAGUCCAGCUGAGGUCUGUGGGGAAGCAAGGAGAGGGGAGCCCGGCCCGGCCCCGCCCAGAUGUUGCCACCAGACCCAAGUGUCCCACUGUGAACAUCAGCCCCCCUUCCAGCAGCAGGUCCCCUGAGUCUACAACCAGGAAGCCUCCAGCCUACAACUCCCAGGUUCCCCCCUCUCAACAGUACUGUGAGUCACUGUUGGCCCCCAGUGAAGGCCCCGUCCCUAGGGACCCAGCAGGUCGCAGUAGUGUGAGGUACAGGCAGGACAGACACCCUGCUGAAGCCCAGUGGCGUACCACCGCCUUCAGACAGCCUGUAGACCAAACAUUGGCAGACCAGGAGAGACUACCAGACCAGGAGAGACUACCAGACCAGGAGAGACUGCCAGGCCAGGAGAGACUGCCAGGCCAGGAGAGACUGCCAGGCCAGGAGAGACUGCCAGGCCAGGAGAGACUGCCAGACCAGGAGAGACUGGCAGAAGAGGACCAUACCAUCAGAAACCAACACCAGCCCCUCCUAGACCAGCCCCUCCUAGACCAACAGUCCCUGCUAGACCAGGAGGUCUGCCAGAGGGGGGCUCAGUCCACAGGGGUGACCCCAGGUCAGGAGGUAGAGGAACAGAAAGCUCUAUUCCCUGGGAGUAGCAGCAGUCUGGAGGCAGAACAGUACCGACCACUACCACCUGAGCCAUCUGAACUACAGAGACCUGAAGACCUUUCAGUGUUUCCUGGUCAGCACAGCUUAGCCACAACAUCAGAGAGUCGAGACGAAGUGCCUGUUAAAAGUUAUCAGUCGGAAACAUUGCAAGCUUAUCCAAUCAGCGAUGUGGCUGGCAGACAAGAGGAGUAUUCCAGACCCAGUGACAACUCUAUCUUUUCUCUGAGUGAGGAGGCUGAGGGUGACGUCUUCCUGUCGCCCACCAAGGCUUGCACUACAGAGGAGCUGUUUGCCAUGAUACACAGAUCCAGGAGAAAAGUUCUAGGUAGGAAGGACUCUGGAGAGUUAAGUGCUCGGAGCAGUCUGUGUGCCCCAGUCACCCCACCUGGCAACACUAUGACUUCUCUGGUGAACUCCAGCACCCCAACCACCCCCACUGGCCCCCAGAAGGCCCCGGGGCCCAUCUACCGCAGCAUGAAGAAGUCCAGCACCUCCCACGAGGAGUUUAAACUUUUACUCCUGAAGAAAGGCAGCCGAUCAGAUUCCAGCUAUCGCAUGUCAGCCACAGAAAUCCUGAAGAGCCCCAUCAGCCCCAAUGCCCCUGGAGACCCCCUUACUGAGAAGCCCCUCUCCCCUCCGCCAGGCACAGAGAAGCUCCCCAGCCCCUUCACAGAGGGCUUCUCUCCUAAAGGCCUGUCCACUGCAGCCUGUUCCAGACAGAGCCGAUCCCGCAUCCCUCCUCCACCCAUCAGCAGCCGCUACAGCAUCCGCAGCAGGCAGCACCCAGCCCCCAUGCAGGCCAUCUCAGAGGGCGAGACGGAGAACUCAGACAGGAGCCCUUCCUAACAUACAGCACCUUCCACCUUUCAGAAAUGUAAAACAGAGGAACAUCUUAAGGUUUUAGAACACAUAGU